AUGAAGCAGUCUCUUAUUACUUCCCUCGUCGCCCUUGCGGCCUCCUCUGGCGUUCAAGCCACUGAGAGCUUGAUCAGCGUCCCCGUUGGUCUCUGUGCUGGUAUCCUCGGCGAGGCUGAGUGCAAGCAGCAGAGCUCCAACGGCGGCUUGAUCAACGUCCCCGUCAACGCCUGUGUUGGUGCUCUUGGUAAGGCCAAGUGUGACCAGGUCUCCUCCGCCAGCAGCAGCGAUGAGGGUUCUCUGAUCAACGUCCCCAUCAACGUCUGCCUCGCUGUCCUCGGCGAGACUCACUGCCAGCAGAAGUCCGACUCCAACGGUGGUCUUAUCAACAUCCCUGUCAACCUCUGCCUGGCCGUCCUCGGCGAGGCUGACUGCCAGCAGGAGACCGACUCCUCUUCCGGAUCUUCUUCCGGUACUUCUCCCACUGGCUCUUCCGGUAGCUUGAUCAACAUUCCCGUUGGUCUUUGUGCCGGUGUUCUCGGCGAGGCCGAGUGCAAGCAGAAGAGCGCCUCCGCCUCCGGUGGUUUGAUCAACGUCCCCGUCAACGCCUGCGUUGCUGCUCUCGGUAAGGCCAAGUGUGACCAGGUCUCUUCCGCCGGCAACGGUGGCAACGGCGGUGGUCUGAUCAACGUCCCUGUCAACGUCUGCGCUGCUGUCCUCGGUGAGGCUGAAUGCCAGCAGAGCUCCAGCUCCAACGGUGGUCUCAUCAACAUCCCUGUCGACCUGUGUCUGGCCGUCCUCGGCGAGGCUGAGUGCAACCAGGGCUCCGCCACCACCACCGCUCCCGCUUCUUCCUCCACCCCCUGUGACACCAUCACCAGCGAGCACAUCGGCAGCACUGUCAUCCCCGGCGCUUCUGAGACUCCCUCCGCCGUUGCUCCUACCGCUGCUUCCUCCACCCCCUGUGACACCAUCACCAGCGAGGAGAUCUCCAGCACUGUGAUCCCCGGUGCCCCAGCUCCCUCCGGCUCUGCUCCUUCCGGUGCUGCUCCCUCCGUUACUGCUCCCUCCGGCCCCGCUGGUCCUUCCGGUGUUGCUCCCUCCGGUGCUUCCUCCACCCCCUGUGAGACCAUCACCAGCGAGGAGGUCUCCAGCACUGUGAUCCCGGGUGCCCCCGCUCCUUCCGGUGCUGCUCCCUCCGUUACUGCUCCCUCCGGUCCCGCUGGUCCUUCCGGUGUUGCUCCCUCCGGUGCUUCCUCCACCCCCUGUGAGACCAUCACCAGCGAGGAGGUCUCCAGCACUGUGAUCCCGGGUGCCCCCGCUCCUUCCGGUGCUGCUCCCUCCGUUACUGCUCCCUCCGGUCCCGCUGGUCCUUCCGGUGUUGCUCCCUCCGGUGCUUCCUCCACCCCCUGUGAGACCAUCACCAGCGAGGAGGUCUCCAGCACUGUGAUCCCCGGUGUCCCCGCUCCCUCCGGCUCCGCUCCCUCCAGCUCUGCUGGUCCUUCCGGUGUUGCUCCCUCCGGUGCUUCCUCCACCCCCUGUGAGACUAUCACUAGCGCUGAGGUCUCCAGCACUGUGAUCCCCGGUGUCCCCGCUCCCUCCGGCUCUGCUCCCUCCAGCUCUGCUGGUCCUUCCGGCUGGUCCCCCGUCUCCUCCGGCGUGCCCCACCCCACUGCCCCCGCCUCCUCCUUGUCCACCCCCUACGUGGUUAGCACUGUCAAGGUCUGCAACGCCGCCUGCUCCUCUUCCAUGUCUCUCACGAAGCCCGCCACCAAGCCCGCCUCCACCGGCUUCGUUGCCCACACCUCUGCCCCUAGUUCUAGCGCCGGUGCCUCCUCCACUGGAAGCGUUGCCACCCCCUCCUCCAGCACCGUUCCCUUCAACGCUGCUGGCCGCACCACCGUUUCCGGCCUCGCUGUUGUCUUCGGUGCCCUCUUCGCCGCUGCUAUGCAGUUCUAA